GCCGCGGCGGGCGCCUUCUCCGCCUCAUGGGUCCGUGGCCGGCGGGCCUGGGCGGAGCGGCCGCCCCGUGGCCCCGCGGCGCCCUUCCGCUUCCGAGGGGAGCGGUGAUGGCGGCCGCCCGGCUGCUGCUGGCGGCGCUGGGCGCCUUCGCCUCAGCGGCGAAGAUGAAGAUAGUGGAGGAGCCGAACACGUUCGGGUUGAAUAACCCAUUCUUGCCUCAAACAAAUAGGCUGCAGCCAAAGGUGGCCCCUUCUGCAGUAUCAGGCCCUGCACAUCUCUUUAGGCUUGCUGGCAAGUGUUUCAGUUUUGUGGAAUCCACGUAUAAGUACGAGUUUUGUCCUUUCCAUAAUGUCACUCAGCAUGAGCAGACUUUUCGAUGGAAUGCCUAUAGUGGGAUUUUAGGAAUCUGGCAUGAAUGGGAAAUUGAUAACAACACAUUUGUUGGAAUGUGGAUGAGGGAAGGAGACUCCUGUGAAACCAAGAGCAGACAGACGAAGGUUCUUCUUGUUUGUGGAAAGAGCAAUAGAUUGGCUUACGUGUCUGAGCCAAGUACUUGUGUUUACUCUCUGACAUUUGAGACUCCUCUUGUGUGCCAUCCCCACUCUCUUUUAGUUUAUCCGACUCUGACUGAAGCACUGCAAAGGAAGUGGGAUGAAGCAGAGCAGUUUCUGUAUGAUGAACUAAUAACUGAACAGGGAUACAAAAAAAUACUGAAAGAGAUUUUCGAGGAAGCAGGACUUCUAAGAGCAGCAGAAGAAAAGGAAUUUGAGAAACAGAAUAAGCAAAUAAUAACUCUGGAAUUUGAAACAGUAGAAAACUGCAAUAAGGAGUACAAGCAACUUUCUAAAGAAUUAAAAAAAAUUAAAGAUUUGUUAACUCAGCAUGGUAUUGCAUACAAAACAAAUUCUGCUGAAAAUACCAGUGUUGAACGUACAAGUCACAAACUGGCAACUACAGAGACAAAUGUUUUUAAUGCGUCAAAGGACGAUGAGCACCUGCGUGGAGAUACAGGAAUUUGGAAUGACACUGUAUGAAGAAAUUUGGGUGGUAAAAACAAUUUCAUGUGAACUGUUGAGUAAGUUCAAUGUGUGUCAUGGCACUAAGAUGAUUUAUCUCCUCUGAGUAUUCUUGACUUUCUGAAUCCUGCCCUAAAGCAAAGGGAAAAUAAUGGAGUGAGGUUUUGCCAUUACUAAGGAGAUACCUCAUUUCUGAGAGCAUUCGUAAAACUGCUAUGCUAAGCCUGGUAUAGAGCAGAGGCUUGCUGAUUCUUUCUCUCAGCUGUCGUUUUCUUUGAUCAAUUAUUGCACAACCUGGAGUGAAAGAUGAGGGGUAUAUGUACAUAGAACUUACAUUUCUGUCUGACUAAUGACUUGUUUUUGCCAUAAAAUGUGGGCAGACUAAUUCUGCAGUGAGCAGUAGAUUGUCGGUGUCUGUAGAAAAAAGAAUAUUAUACCUGUAUCACGUGAUCCAGCAGUACAAACAAAGCCUCUGAAGAUGACCAGAAUAGGUGGAAGGGGAGAGGAAAUAAAUUUUAGUAAAAUAUUUUAGCUAGUUGGUGGUUAAGGUAAUGGCAGUGCAAAAACUGAUGUUUAAUAAUACUUAUGACCAAAUUCUACCCUAUAUGUCCACAGGGAGUAAGAAUACUCCUAAUUUCCUUCAUCUUGCUUCAGGUGGCCCUCAGAAUCUUUGUUGGCUCAGGACCUUUUUGGCCCUAAGUUUCACCCUCAAAACCUCUGUCUUGACACUCAAUGUAUACUUGCCUUUCUGGUUGCGUAGUGGAGCAUGAACAAAUGCUAUCAUUUGUGUAUAUUUGUUUUCUGUGUCAAAUUAAAGAAAUGGCAAUGAUUCAGUAAAGCUGGUACAUAAUAGGUGUUACAAAGCCAAAAUAAUCGAAGGCUAAUGCUGUAAGAUGUUGUAUGAAAGUAGUACAAUGUGCAGAACAUGUUGCCUAUAUGCCAAAAUAAGCAUUUUCCUUGCAGACGUCAGCAAAAACGUGUUUCCUGCUGCAGCAGUGCUUAUCAUGCAAGUCCACCCACCUCUCUGCCCAGAGUUGAAUUUAGUCUAGGGAUAGUUACUGGAUAAAAUGAAAGCUGUUCUGGUUCUGGAGGAAGGAAAGGUGCUAUGAAAAUGCAAAAUUAUUCUAGAAGAACUAGUUGUGGUAAGGGAAGACGUGGCAGUUCUCUGUAUGUGAGACAGAAUAAAAGGGACUCUUCUAACGAAA